AUUUUGGCGGGAAAUUGGAACAUCAACAAGAAUAUUUUUAAAUUAUUAAAUACAAGUGUAAUUAAGUUACUAGGAUGAAGUUGCUGUGUGAAACUAGUGUAAUUCGAAGCUCUAAUCGUGAAAUCAAAGGACGGUUCCUCAAAUCAACGCUGGCAAUUGGUAAAAAAGAUGAAAAAUCGAAAUUGUGUAUAAUUCUCAUAACAUCCAGUAACAAGUCAGGAAUUAAAUAUGACUUGACAAAUAAUCUAGCUGGAAUAUUCAGGAAGUUUAUAGACGAAGGAAAGUGCACAAUAUCUUUUGUACUUCCAGAAGUGGAUCUUCAGAUUAAGGCUGACUCGAUUCAACUAAAAGCUUUCUUAAAUAUCAUGAAGAAUGAGUUAUGUCCAACAAAAGAUGGUCCGAAUAAAGAGCUUGGAAGGAAUGACAAUAAAUUAAUUAGAGCAUUUGGAAGUACCAACAAAAUGAUAGCAGAUGAAGUCACGAAGCUUAAUAUCACUAAAAGAUCAGAAUUUCCAACGAAAGGUUUACCAAGAACAUUAAAGGAAUUGCAUAUUACAGGUGUUGGAUGUCUGCAAAUGCCGAUAGGGAUAUUAAACUUGUCUAAAUUAACUCAUCUUGAUUUGACUAGUAACAAGAUUGAAAAGCUUCAUAAAGCUGUAGGGAAUCUCAGUAUAAAUCAAUUGAUAUUGACGGAUAAUCUAUUCGGAAAAUCAACAAGCUUAAAAGAUUGGGAAUGGCUGAAUGGACGAAAUAUCCAAUUAUCCCUUCAUACAUUAAUUAUGUCAAGGAAUAAACUUAAAAUGGCACCAGUUUCAGUAGCUAAAUGUGAAAAUCUGGUUUGCCUUGAUCUUAGUUUUAAUGAAUUAUCGGCAGUUCCGUUUUCGAUAAAGCAAUUGAGGCAUUUAAAAACACUUAAUUUAAGUAAUAAUGAAUUGAAAUCCUUACCUUGUACGAUGAGAAGCCUUUAUUUAGACCUUAUUGAUCUCAGCACUAAUCAGUUCCAUUCAUACACUCAAUCACUUGAAUUAUCACAAAAUUCACUAGCUAGUAUCACAACACUAAACUUUAAAUUCCCAACUUUAUUUGAAUUAUCAUCACGUUGUGUGAUGAGACAACAGAUGCCAUUUAUGUCCUUAAAUAUACCACACAUAAUUAAAGAAAUUUUAUAUCACUCUCCAAAUUGUUCGAAAUGUGGAUCACUGUGUUUUGAUAGAACAAUCUAUAAAAAUAUUAAUAUUGUGUCACUGAAUGCUAAAGCACGCAUCACUACCGAUAACUCUAAUUAUUUUCUAGUUGAUGGACCAUUAUGUAAAAUAAGCUGUUUAAAUUCAAAAUAAAACUCAAAACUUGAUUAGCAAUUUUUUUUUAUAA